CGUCCCGUCCGGGUCCCGAGGAGCCGCCGCCGCCGCCGCUCGCCAACAUGGCGGACCUGGAGGCCGUGCUGGCCGAUGUCAGCUACCUGAUGGCGAUGGAGAAGAGCAAGGCCACCCCGGCCGCCCGCGCCAGCAAGAAGAUCGUGCUGCCCGAGCCCAGUAUCCGGAGCGUGAUGCAGAAGUAUCUUGAGGAGAGAAAUGAAAUAACCUUUGACAAGAUUUUUAAUCAGAAAAUUGGUUUCUUGCUAUUUAAAGAUUUUUGUUUGAAUGAAAUUAAUGAAGCUGUACCUCAGGUGAAGUUUUAUGAAGAGAUAAAAGAAUAUGAAAAGCUUGAGAAUGAGGAAGAUCGCCUUUGUAGAAGUCGACAAAUCUACGAUACCUAUAUCAUGAAGGAGCUGCUGUCUUGUUCACAUCCAUUCUCAAAACAAGCUGUAGAACAUGUACAAAGUCAUCUAUCCAAGAAGCAAGUGACAUCAACUCUUUUCCAGCCAUACAUAGAAGAAAUUUGUGACAGUCUUCGAGGCAACAUUUUUCAAAAAUUUAUGGAAAGUGACAAGUUCACUAGAUUUUGUCAGUGGAAAAAUGUAGAAUUAAAUAUCCAUUUGACCAUGAAUGAUUUCAGCGUACAUAGGAUCAUUGGACGAGGAGGAUUUGGUGAAGUAUAUGGUUGCAGGAAAGCAGACACUGGAAAAAUGUAUGCAAUGAAAUGCUUAGAUAAGAAGAGGAUCAAGAUGAAACAAGGCGAAACGUUAGCCUUAAAUGAAAGGAUUAUGUUGUCUCUUGUGAGUACAGGAGAUUGUCCUUUCAUUGUCUGUAUGACCUAUGCCUUCCACACUCCAGAUAAACUCUGCUUCAUCCUGGAUCUGAUGAACGGGGGCGAUUUGCACUAUCACCUUUCACAGCAUGGGGUGUUUUCUGAGAAGGAGAUGCGGUUCUAUGCCACUGAAAUCAUCCUGGGGCUGGAACACAUGCACAACCGGUUUGUCGUCUACAGAGACCUGAAGCCCGCGAAUAUCCUCUUGGAUGAACACGGACACGUGAGGAUAUCAGAUCUUGGGCUGGCCUGUGAUUUUUCCAAAAAGAAGCCGCAUGCGAGUGUGGGCACCCAUGGGUACAUGGCUCCCGAGGUGCUGCAGAAGGGGACGGCGUAUGACAGCAGUGCCGACUGGUUCUCCCUGGGAUGCAUGCUUUUCAAACUCCUGAGAGGCCACAGCCCUUUCAGACAACAUAAAACCAAAGAUAAGCAUGAGAUAGACCGAAUGACGCUCACCGUGAAUGUGGAACUUCCAGACACCUUCUCCCCUGAACUGAAGUCCCUUCUGGAGAGCUUGCUCCAGAGAGACGUUAGUAAGCGGCUCGGCUGUCACGGUGGCGGUGCACAGGAAGUAAAAGAGCACAGCUUUUUCAAGGGCAUUGACUGGAAGUAUGUCUACUUGCAAAAGUACCCUCCACCCUUGAUUCCUCCCCGGGGAGAAGUCAAUGCUGCCGACGCCUUUGACAUCGGCUCAUUUGAUGAAGAGGACACCAAAGGCAUCAAGCUUCUUGACUGUGACCAAGAGCUCUACAAGAACUUCCCGUUGGUAAUCUCUGAGCGCUGGCAGCAGGAGGUAGCAGAAACAGUUUACGAAGCAGUGAAUGCAGACACGGAUAAACUUGAGGCCAGGAAAAGGGCUAAAAAUAAGCAACUUGGCCACGAAGAAGAUUACGCCCUGGGAAGAGACUGCAUCAUGCACGGAUACCUGCUGAAGCUGGGAAACCCGUUCCUGACUCAGUGGCAGCGGCGAUAUUUUUACCUCUUCCCCAACAGACUGGAAUGGAGAGGCGAGGGCGAGUCCCGGAGUCGACGUUUAGUGUUCCGUUCAAGAAGCUACAUAAUAUGCAUGGCUGGAUUCAUAAGUAUAAAUAAGGAAAAAGAAAAGCAAAAUUUACUCACGAUGGAACAGAUUCUGUCUGUGGAAGAAACUCAGAUUAAAGACAAAAAGUGCAUUUUGUUGCGGAUAAAAGGAGGGAAGCAAUUUGUCUUGCAAUGUGAGAGUGACCCGGAGUUUGUGCAGUGGAAGAAGGAGCUGACAGAGACGUUCACGGAGGCCCAGCAGUUAUUGCGGCGCGCCCCGAAGUUCCUCAACAAACCUCGAGUGGGCGUGGUCGAGCUCUCCAAGCCCCCCCUCUGCCACAGGAACAGCAACGGCCUCUGACCCCCAGGACGGGCAGGCUUCUGAGGACGACAUGCCUCAAGGAAGGCCGCAGCAGCUGUUUCCAGCCCUGGAAAUGGAGCCUUUGGAGAAGCCUGAGGAUGAGAGGUUGGGUUCACUUAUCUCCGGGUUCUUCUGUGGUUGGGAAGACCCUGGACGCCGAGAUGCUUGGAACAGGGGUCGUGACCACGCUCGGGCUCAGGGUCGACCUCCCUCCCCUCCUGAGUGCCUCCCGGCCACCGCGUCUGUCCGCACUCGAAACUACUGAGGACAUGAGAGUUUCUUUUCUUCGCUACACGCCUGUUUUGGUAUAUACGAACCUAGAACUCGAAAUGAUUCCUACUUGGCACUUCAAUUUGUAUGGCUGAUGUCAAACAUGUCUUAGACUUGCCAAGAUGGAAGUUGCCUGUCUGCAGUGUUGGGUGAUGGACUGCCCUAGUGUUGUCAUAUUUGAUCUGGAAAAACUGCUGCUGACUUUCUGUGUCUCUGCUCCAUACGCCUAGGGGAUGGGAGAUCAGCCACGGGUUCUUCUGUGCACUUCCAAACCAACUUCUUGUUGUCCUGGGGUUGAAAGCUGAAGAUGGUUUCUGGAAAGGUUGCACUAGGGCCCCCCGGCCCGCCCCUGACAGGGAGCUCCCAGGCCCUGGGGACAGAGGGCACGUGCCCUCGGAGG